GUUCCUCUCUAGGCGUCAUCAAUCAGCGACGGCAGUGCGCGAGUUUCACAUUGGCGAUCCUGCCAGGCCAAUAUUGUUUUUUUUUUCGGAAUAUUAAAAAAAAGUGGUUUCAUAAAUAAUUUGUGUGGUCGCAUAGUAUUUUGACACCAUGUCGUACGGAGGAAAAUAUGUACUAGCUCCCCCGAACGUCGAUGACGAUUCGGACACAGACUCCGUGUCUAAAAUGAUGAAUUUAACUGACUCAGAAUCGGUCUUUUCGAACGAGUCGACGGUGUCCGUUCAUGAAACUGAGGACAUAGACCAUCCAACACCAAUGACAACUGACGACGUCGACGGUCGACUGCGACAACUGGAGGAGUCAUUGAGGAAUUUAACGAAACAACGAGAUACAGGAGCGAAUUCGGAGAUUGAAAAAUCGAAUGAGGACAGCGAAAUCGGUACUGGUCCAUCGUACGCUGCUGGGAUAACGGAGAGAGGGAGCAACAUUCGCUGGGACCUCAUUCCUAAAUUCCCGAAAGACAUUUCAUCAAACAAGCUCUGGGAAACAUGGCAGGGAUUUAUCGAGAACUUUGAGAUCGCUACAUCUUUGUCGACCUUUACCGGUCCAUCGGACCGUGCAAAACUACUUUAUCUCUCUAUGGGAAAGAACUUGCAGGACAUAAUCAACGCGGCAAAUCUCCAACCAAACUACGGUGACACUAGGUGCUACUCAGCCUUAGUGAAGGGCAUGAACGAUUACUUCAAGACGAUGACGGAUACAGCAACAGAGCAUGAGGCAUUCCAAGCCAUGACACAAGCGAGUGGAGAGUCAAUCGUAUCAUUCCACGCCAGACUGGCACAAAAAGUACGCCUUUGCGGCUACAGUCCAUCCGACCAAAUCCGUUUUAUCUUGUCCCAGCUACUGAAGGGAAUGGAAAAUCGAGAACUAGCUAUGGCUGCCAGGACCUACGGGCAUGACGCGAACCUCAUCGUCCGAGCUGCAACACGAGUUGAAGCAUUUAAAGCACAGGGAAGAGCAACAGAGUCCAGUUGCUCCGAAGUCCACGCUGUCGAACGUAACCAGGGUUCCAGCAGAGAUGGCUAUCUGGUCAGAAAAUACAGGAAAGUUGAGAAUAACAUAGGUGGAGCAAUCAAGAAAAUUCCAGAAAUGAGAGGUUCUCAACAGGAGUGCGGCCAAGGACGACGAAACCGGUGCUGGAGAUGCGGGUUUACAUUCCACAAAAGGAAUGUUUGUCCAGCUUUGGGCAAACGAUGCAAUUCGUGCGGGCGUACUGGACAUUAUGCCGCAAUGUGCCGUACCGACAUCAGACAGAAACGCAUCAAUAAUCUACAGGAGGAGAGAUCGGACAGUAUACUGUCAAAUGAUUUGAAAAAUGAAUCGAAUAACGACCAGGUAUAAUUCAAAAUUAAUCUGUGCUACAUAACACAAUGA